UCAGUGCUGCUUAAAGACACACACACACACACACUCUCUGACACACACACAUGCAAACACGUAGGCUACAACCUGUCUACCAUUAGGCAGCAGCUUCGAGGGCACAGCAGAAACUAGUCUAAGGGGAGGAGGACUCCUGCACCUUCCACUCCCUGUGACACCUCAGCUCUUGGCACAAACUCCUCAGCACACUCACAGAUCCACAAUCCAAGGCUCAUAUCCCAAAUUUAAAGCAAGAAGAGGAGGGGAGGGUGGUUAUCUAAGGCGCUCAGCACCCCCAUGUGUGCCUAGUUGGAUCAUGGAGCUGCACUGCCUUCCUACUGAGACCCCCACCACAGCAAGCUCUUGCUCCACGGACCCUCUGUACGACAAUUGCCCACCUUUCACCCAGCGAGGGAGGGCCAGGGAGAGGGAUAUGGAGAGCAGGGUUGUGUGUCCGGCUGUAACCAGACUCCCAGGCCCAAGAAGCCCUCAGCCCGGUCUGGCCCCAGCUGUGGCUGUGGUUCCCUCAUUGGUCGGAGGGGGACGAGGGACUGGCGCCUGGCCAGAUCACAGCUACUGCAGCUGGAGAAGAGGCCUGGGAAGAGCAGGCUGGGAAGCAGAGCUGGAUCCAGAAGUAAACAGAGUGAGAGGAGGAGGAACUCGGGGAGGUAACUGUGGAGUUCAGCUCCACCACAGUCCAAAUCCAUCUCAGAGCGAGGAGCACAGGAGUGCUCUUUCGGUGUAUGAUAACCUCCCUGAAGCUGUCACCCCAGACAGCAUCCAAGAGGUGUUUGACGUGGAAAUGAGCAUCACAGAGAACAUGCAGGAGCAGAUGUACCGAGCAUGGACCCCAGAACAGGUCCAGGGACUGAUGGAGGACGAUAAAAGCACCUGGUCAUCCUGUGAGAUCAUCCUCGCUGAAGCUGGUCCAGCUAGUAAGGACCAUAAUCCAGACCAGGACAAGGAGCAUGAACAGGAUCCGGAGCUGGACUCAGGAUCCUGUGGAUCUAAGCAGGAGGAUCGUUUUGCAGCAUGUUCCCCUCAGUUGUCCCAAACAGGGAGCAGGGUUUUGUGGCCCUCAGCUGAAGCCAAACACCAAGAGCACCCAUCUUGGUUUCCCAGGGUACCCCCUCCUGUGCCACUGGCUGACCCCUCAGCCAGUGCCCUCCGCAGCCUCCUCACCAGUCUCCAACAGCAAAUAGUGAGGCAGAGGGAGGAGUACGAGGAACGAAUAGUUGGCCUGGAGCAGAGAAAUGAAGAGCUGCAGGUGGAGGUGGUGCGGUUGAAAACAAACCUGGCUCAACAGCGGCACUGGUACCAUGUAGUCCAGGCCAAGAUUGUGGAGUCUGAAAGAGUGAGGGCUGCCGCAGAGCAACAGAAUGCAACUCUGCAGAAGGAGAUGGACCAGUUCUUUGACACUUUUGGAGAGCUCAACAAUGAGGCAAAAAAGACUGAGUGUAUCGUGAAAAGCUUUUGAAAAUAAAUAGAGAUAGUGUGUUAUUAUGGACAGUGUGUGCAAAUAGAAGGACACAUGGCACAUGACUGGCUAGAAUUCAAAAUUAAGGCUGUCUUUUGUCUCCAUUCAUGCAGAAUAUUUACUUUCCUAAUAGGAAACAAAGCUUUGUCAUUAAGCAUGAGACAAAUUCACAUCAAUAAAGAAAAUGUAUCACUGAUGUCCACUUUAUUAGUUUCUUUAGGGAAAGAGAUGCUGGCCAAGUGAUUAUCUUGUAUUCAUUGCAAUCACACAGGACAUCUCUGAAAUAAAUGGAGAAUCAAACUGA